CGUGGAAGAUCCAUAAAUUGGACAAGGUGAGUGCAUGCCCUGCAUUCCUGACCCGAUGACCUAUUUUAUUUUGAAGAAGAGUCAACGAUGAUGAUGAGAACAAAUCCAACUCCAACUCUCUCACUCUGAGAUCAGAUCAAUCCUCCUAUAUCUCACACUCCCAUAUCACUCCAUCUGUCAUCAAUGGAGGAACAGAAGAAGAAACACAGAUUGUUGCUGAUGCCAUCACCCUUACAAGGCCACAUAACACCCUUACUCCACCUCGCUCAAAUCCUCUUCUCAAACGGCUUCUCCAUAACCAUUCUUCACACCCUUUUCAACUCUCCCGACCCCACUUCCUACCCUCACUUCUCCUUCCACGCCAUCCCCGAUCGCUUAUCGGAAUCAGAAGCCGCCACGCUCGACGCCGUGCACCUCACCGAUCUCAUCAACAUAAGAUGCGCACAACCUCUCAAGGAAUACUUGGCUUCGCUGCUCUCAAACUCUCCCCAACCUCUUCCCUGCUUCAUUUCCGAUGCUGCCCUUCAUUUCACUCGACCUGUCUGCGAUGAGUUCAAGCUCCCACGCCUUGUGCUCAGAACUGGUGGGGCUUCUUCCUUCCAUAUUUUUGCCUCGUUCCCCCUCCUUAGAGAAAAGGGCUACCUCCCCGUACAAGAAUCCAGAUUGGAAGAGCCUGUGGUUGAUUUCCCACCACUGAAGGUGAAAGAUCUUCCCAAGUUUCAGUCGCAGGAUCCUGAGGCAUUCUACAAACUAGUUUGUCGUUUUGUUGAGGAAUGCAAAGCAUCUUCGGGAGUUAUUUGGAACACAUUUGAAGAAUUGGAAUCCUCUGCAUUGACAAAACUGCGCCAGGAUUUUCCCAUACCAAUAUACCCUAUAGGCCCUUUUCACAAACGCUUACUUACUGGCUCAGCCUCUUCUGCUAGCUUGUUGACCCCAGACAAAAGCUGCAUGUCUUGGUUAGACAAACAAGAACAUAAGAGUGUUGUUUAUGUGAGUUUUGGGAGUAUUGCAUCAAUAAGCGAGGGUGAGUUCUUGGAGAUAGCUUGGGGGUUAGCCAACAGCCAGCAACCGUUCUUGUGGGUGAUUCGACCUGGGUUAAUCCGUGACUCAGAAUGGCUUGAAGCAUUGCCAAGUGGGUUCCUAGAGAAUUUGGGAGGAAGAGGGUACAUUGUGAAAUGGGCUCCUCAAGAACAAGUUCUGAGCCAUCCUGCAGUGGGAGCAUUUUGGACUCAUAAUGGUUGGAACUCAACCUUGGAGAGCAUAUGUGAAGGGGUUCCCAUGAUUUGUAUGCCAUGUUUUGCAGAUCAAAAGGUGAAUGCCAAAUUUGCAAGCAGUGUUUGGAAGGUUGGAGUGCAAAUAGAGAAUAAGCUAGAGAGAGGAGAGGUAGAAAAGACUAUCAAAAAAAUAAUGGUUGGGGAUGGAGCGAAGGAGAUUAAAGAGAAUGCUUUGAAUUUGAAGGAAAAGGCAAGUGCUUGCUUGAGAGAAGGUGGUUCAUCUCACUGUUUCCUUGAUAGCUUGGUUAGUCACAUAUUAUCAGUGGCAUCUUCUGCAUCUAGACCUCACUGAUUUCUUUACUAAUAACAAUUAAAUCACAUUCUUUGCAGAAUGUAACCAUAUAUGUAGCAGAUAGAUAGAAGGAAGAACUAAUAGUCAAAUUUCAAUUCAGUUAAUUAAUCGCAGCAUACUUUAGGAACGA